AUUGGAUAUAGAUGAAGUCGGGACGUUGCUCUUGUUGUUUACCUUUAACCAGCUCACUGCCAAGCUUGACUAACGUGAGCAUAUCGAGAAACAAAGAUGAAUCUGAAUCGACAACCAAGAGCUACUGUCAGAACUGUGGACUAUGGAGACUGGGAAGACGACCGGGUCAGAGUGUUCAAUAUUGAUGACCCCAGUGAAGAAGAAUGGAGGCCACCUGAGCGAAAAGCUCCCUGCCCAGGCCCCAGAGCCUCGGCUGCAGGAGAGAAGUUAGCCGCUUCCAAGAGAACCUCGAAAGCCAAGGAGCCUAAAGCAGCCAAAGUGCCUAAAAAUGAAUCAGCGCUGCGAAAAUCUGAUGCCAAAAGCAGGGCACCUAAAGGUAGGGCAAAGAGGAAAAACAACACCGACGAGGACAACAUGAAUGGAGGUGAAAGCAAAGACAUUAAAAAAGAAUCGGCCAGUCCGAGAGCAGCAGAGAGUGGACCAAGUGUCAGAGCAAAAGAGGAGAGGGUUUCAUUUACUGUGUCAAAUGCCAAUGAAGGCCCAUUGUUUGCUGGCUGGACAGCAAAGAAAGAAGAAGUGGAAGACUUCACCUUUGAUGAACCUGCCCUUAAGAAACAGAAGACGGGCGCUGACUGGAAAUCUGCCGUUCCGUCAAAAGAAUCACAAGCUUUGGAGAAAGGGGACCUUAAUAUGAACUGGGACACGAUAGAGGUGCUGUCCACCCUCACGUGCGUGGAGCGAUGGGUGUGCGGCAAUGUGGUUACCUUACUGCGCGAAGAGAACACAGUGCCUUUUAUGGUGCGCUAUCGCAAGGAGAUGAUCAACCACAUGGAUGCUGAUGCCGUGCGGGACGUCCAGCUGGUGUACGAAGAGCUAUGCUUGCUGGCAAAGAAGACUCAGUCUGUGGUUAACACUCUGAAGAAAGAUGGGGUCCUGACUACUGAACUUGAGCAAAGCCUGAGGAGCUGCCGAUCCGCUGAUGAACUGGAUCAUGUGUAUACUCCUUAUAAAAAAGGCUGUAAGGUGACCAAAGUCCGCAAGGCCAAAGCUCUCGGCCUCGAGGCAGCUGCCACCGCUCUCAUGGAGUCUCCGCACAAUCUCGAUUUAAGGACGUGGGUUAAACCUGGAACAGAGGGUCUGUCAUCUGUGAAGGAGGUGGCUACAGGCGUGGAACAUAUUUUGGCCUAUACAAUAGCCAAAGACCCUGAAACACUCAACUUUGUGAAAACAUUGUGCGAGAACAGCGCGGUGACUCUCCACUCAUCGGUGACCAAGGCAGCCCUCAAGGAGAAAGAAGAGCAGGAGAAGUCGGACCAAGACCACAAGAAGCCAGGAGUUCAGAAAAAAAAAAAGCAGGACGUUGACAAGUUCCAGCUCUACUUUGACUUCACCUGCAACAUCAAGCGCAUUCAGCCUCAUCAGACUUUGGCCAUCAACAGAGGGGAGAGUCUGAAGAUUUUGACAGUGAAGGUGAACAUCCCUGACAGUGUAAAGAGUAACUUCACCAGGUGGUGCGUCAACACCAGAUGGAAACCAAAGACGUAUGCUAGAGAGGAGCAUCACACGCUCAUCAAGAGUUCAGUGGAGGAUUCUUUCAAAAGGCUUGUUUUGCCUUUCCUCACGAGGAUGUACAGAACCAAACUUACAACAGUAGCAGAGAAGGAGUCAGUUGCCAUGUUUGUACGAAACCUACGGCAGCGCCUGUUGGUGUGUCCAGUUCGGGGCUGCGUCAUGAUGGGGGUGGACCCUGGCUUUGCGCAUGGCUGCAAGCUGGCAGUCCUCUCCCCCACUGGCCAGAUUCUCCACACUGACGUGGUCUACCUGCAUGGCUCCCGCAAUCACCGAGAGGCAGACAAACUGCGCCAUCUAAUGACAAAAUACAGUUGCAGCAGGGUCGUCAUUGGAAAUGGGACGGCGUGUCGUGAGACUGAGUCCUUCUUCGCUGACCUCAUUGCCAGGCGCUAUUUUCACCCACUGGAUGUAUCGUACUGUAUUACCAAUGAGGCUGGGGCAUCUAUCUACAGUGUUAGCCCUGAGGCCGUCAAGGAGAUGCCAGAUUUGGACCCCAACCUGAGGAGCGCAGUGUCCAUUGGAAGACGUGUCCAGGAUCCGUUGGCUGAGCUUGUGAAGAUAGAUCCAAAACACAUAGGCAUUGGAACAUACCAGCAUGAUGUUUCAUCCGGAACUCUGAAGGCGGCUCUGGACGCUGUGGUGCAGGAGUGUGUGAGCUUUGUUGGGGUCGACAUCAACAUCUGCUCUGAGACUCUGAUGAGGCACAUAGCAGGCUUAAGUACGAGCAGAGCGCGAAAUAUCGCCGAGUGGAGAGAGCAAAACGGCCCCUUCAUCAACAGGGAGCAGCUCAAACUGGUCAAAGGCAUAGGACCAAAGAGCUACCAGCAGUGUGCCGGCUUCAUCAGAAUUAACCAGAAAACCAUGCACAGUGCCAGGUCUGCCCCUUAUCCAGCAGCCCCGCAUAAACCAGCAGCAAAGAAGGUCAAAGGAAAGUCCAGUGCCAUCAUACCAACACAUUUCAACCCUCUGGACCAGACCUGCAUACACCCAGAGUCCUACGAUGUGGCACAGAGGUUUCUUUGCCUCAUUGGUAGCAGUGCUAACCACAUUGGAAGUGCUGAGCUCAUACAGUGUGUAAAUAGGAAAGUUGGCUCCAGCAGCGUCGAGGAGCUGUCCAAAACGCUGGGCACCACACCUGAGACCCUCCAGCUCAUCAUAGACGGCCUCACGCAGCCUCCCGGGUUUGACAUACGCCAAGAUUUUGGGCAGGAGGACUUUAAGCGAGGCAUUGUAUCCAUUCAUGACCUCCAGGUGGGCACAGUCCUGACAGGCCGGGUGGAAAACACGUGUCUGUUUGGGGCUUUCGUAGACAUCGGCGUUGGCCGCGCUGGUCUCAUCCAUAAGAGCAACAUUACUUUGGAUAAACUGCCCGUCUGUCAGCGCCGCCGCAGCCUGGCGUUGGGACCUGGGGAGAGGGUGGAGGUCCGGGUGUUAAAUGUGGACGCUCAGCGGGGACGCAUCGGCCUGGACCUGAUCAGGGUUCUUCAGUGAUUUGCACUUUAUUAGUUUUCAGGAAACGUUCAUUUUUCUAAUAAAUAAGAGUCUCU